AUGAAAAUGGCAGCUGUUUUACACUAUAACAAACGUUUGUUACAAAUUACAAUGGAGAUUUGGUUGCAUCGCACAUCUGAUUGCUUAAAUUAUCGCCUCCUUGUGAAUGAAGCAAGAAGUUAUUAUCGACAGAAAACUCUUCAUCGAUACUUGUUGGCUUGGAAGGAAUAUGUAGACGAAGUUCACAACACGCGAUAUCAGCAAGUAAUAUCCCUUGCUUGUUACUAUGGCAACCUCCAGCGAAGAUGUUUCUCUUCAUGGAAGCAGUUUUGCAAACACCAACAAGAAAAGCGUAAACGUCUCCAAGAAGCUACUGAUUACCAUCAAAGAGGUCUGUCUGUAAAAGUUUGGAAAAUGUGGAGAAACUACAUUCUUCAUUGCCACCAAAUUUUAAAUACCGUUGAGCAAAAAUAUCACAAAGUUUCCGUAAGAACUCUCCGGUGGGCUUUCCAUAUUUGGCAUGACAACAGUCUUGAAGCAUCCCAGAAUCGCAAGAUUAUGAAGAAUGCUGAGUGGUAUCACAAUCAACGUCUUCUUACAAAGGUGUUGGGGACCUGGAGAAACUUUGCCGCCAUCCAAGCAUACAAGAAAUGUCAAAUCCGGACCCUUGUAUUGUCAGCUCAACAUACUUUACAUUCAGCUUUAGUUCAUCGUCUGUUCAUCAAGUGGCAACAAUGUUGUCAUGAAAGCAUUGUAAACAAGCAAAAAGAAUUUUUGGCAACAUCCCACCAUCGGCUUGCUGUUCUUCGGAAAUCAAUUAAAACCUGGAAACUAUGGCUUCUCUCCACGUACAGAAGAAAGUUACUUAUACGACAAUCUUUGUAUUUUCGCCGUCAAGUCUUGCUUACUGCUAGCUUUAACCAGUGGAUGAAGCAAUUGACGUUUGUCCAUCAUGAAAAUCAUCAGACUCAAAUGGCUCUUUGGCACUGGAGUGUCACUCUACAACGAAAGGUACUGCUUUCUUGGAAGGCUUACUAUUCUGAACAGUUACGGAAACGGGGUCGCAUCACCUCCGCUAUUUCUGCUCGCCGUCAGCGUCUUUUGCGUGAAGGUCUGCAGUGCUGGAUUUCUGCAGCUGAUCAACUAACCAGCUGGAGAAAAACAAAAGCCAACCAACAGCAAAUACAGUUGGCUGUUUCUACGUACAACAAUGUUCAGCGUUUUGCUCAACACUGGCGAGAGAAGACAAUUCGAGGAAGAUCACAAAGGGCUGCAUCAGUAGCGCCACCUGUAAGAACCAUCAAACAACAUCCAUUUGGAGAUGUCUUUCCUAAAGUCUCAAGUGGCGACCCCAGCAUUUCUUGUUAUUCAGAGGUGUUGCACACUAUCCAUCGGCCACAGCCUCUCUAUCCAUCUUUUUUAGAUGAAUCCCAAGACGUCGAAACCCAAAAUUACAAGUCCGAUGUCGUCGUUGAGAUAAAAAAAAACGAAACUGAAGACGUCCAAGAAAAGGUGGAAAUGGAAGAUAUUUCAAUGCCGCCUUCUUCCUUGCUGUUACAGGUACCAAAUGAAAACUGCUUGGCCCAACCGGAUCUGCCCAAAUUACCAGAGGAUCCAGUGAAGCUGGUACCAACACCUGAAACUUUUGAGGUUAUAUCUGACAGAAUCUCUCCUGACAGUCUAGAGAUGCUCUCUCCAAAACCAGACACCCCAAAGUUAUCGAAUGUUCAAUUGGAUUUAGAAACCUUAUUUGAAGACACAGUGCAUUGUGAUUCAAACGAAUCUAAAAUGAAGAGAAAAAACUCCUCGGAUAUUUUCCUGAUGACACCAAAUGAUUUUCAGUUGUCGAAAAUGGAAGACAGUAAAAAUCUCCGAUUGGAAGUGAUAGAGACAAGAAAUUUGUUACUGAACUACAAGACACAGAAGCAGAAAUUACAUUCUCUAAAAGAAUACCUGAGCAUGUUGUACACCUGGAACAAGGGAGAAUCCAAUCAAUUAUCUCUUGAUGCUGAGCUCUCACAGACCAAACAAGACAUUGCUGUCCUGAAGAAGUCUUUACAUGAGCAGAAGAGUCAGCUGAAAGCCAGAGUGGAAAAACUUACCCAGAAUUCCUUGCAACUAUAA